GUUCAAGUACAUAUUAGGCUUACAGUAUAUAAUUAUUAUGAUAUAUUUAAGUUGCAGUAUAUAUUUAAUAUCUCUUUCUUCUUGUUUUAUCUAAGCUUUCACAUGAAUGCAUUGUUUAGUGGUUUGUAUGGCAUGCUUAUCUAUUUGUUUGCAAUUGUGCUACUUACUGCCGAGGUGGCCCAGCAAAUGGAAACUAAGUUAUUAACAGCCGAGACGUAUAACAUCUACACCAUUGUCGUAUACAUUGUUGCCAUCGCGUGGAUAGUUGGCGAUAUCAUCUACUUAAAGGUAAACAAAUUGUUACCUGUUGGAAAAGAGAUGAGUAUGGCCAGUAGUCUUCAUGUUAAAGGUGGAAUCGUGACGUUUGGUUUUACGAGCAUUUUGAUGUCCACCAUCGACAUAUGGUUGACGACACUUGAAACAUAUGAGGAUAUAUUAUAUGAAAUUGGAAACGGAAUGAGAAUAAUUUUUUUCUUUGCCGAGAUGAUUUACCUGAUAAAUUUCUCAAACGUGUGCGUUACAAGAUGGAGUGGGUUAAGACGAUUUGGACUCAUGCAUGUUAUGGUCACUAAUUUUAAAGAUAUGACAGUAAACGUUAUCAUUGACUGUGGUGGACUUGAUGAAAUUCCGAGCACUAACGAUGUCACAA